AUGACACCAAUUGAAAAAACAAGCGGUCCAAAAAUAUCAGCUGAUGCUACUGCUACUUCCUCAUUAAGAGGAAAUUCCAAUUCACAAGCAUCUACAAAUGCAUCGAUUUUCAAAUCUGAAAAUAAAUCAACUCGUUCACCAGAUAAUUCAACUGAUUUUAUUCCUGAACAACCUAUUUCAGGAAAAAAACGUGCAUUGCCGCCGGAAUCAUCAAAAUUUGGCUUUUUACCUCUAGAUACAUUCAUAAAAGAAGAAAAACCGCGAAAACCACGAACAAAAAAAACCAAAUCCUUGAAAUCUGAAUCAUCAUUAUCAUUGUAUCCAUUUAUAACAUCUCAGACAUCUUCACAACAACAUUCAACUUUAAUGCCAACUUCUUCCUUACUGCUACAACACAAUAAAAAACAAUUACAACAAAUACCAUCUUCAUCUCUGUCUCGUUUAACUCUAGAAACCUCACAACUAUUAUCAGCCUCAUAUUUACCUUUAUCAUUGAAACAUCAAGAAGGCUUGUUACUUGAAAAUUCUCACAGAACUAAACGUGUAAGAAAGCAGUUUCAUGUUGAAUCAAUGUCUGCCGAGCCAUCUAUCUUGACCGAAGAUGGUUUUUGGAUUCCAACGGACAAAAAGAAAACUUCUGCAACAGAGUUAAAAGUAUAUUACGACACUUGUGUAAAAAAACUUCCUGACGCCACUCGAUCAGAAUUAUUGAAGCUUGGCACAUUAAUUCUCGAUAGACUCUUGGCACAAGGGUUUUCUAAACCUUUUGUAAAUCCCGAGUCUGAGUCUGCAAUAAUAUACAGAGAGUAUAUUCAUAGACUGAUGGAUCUAAAUACUCUUGAAUCUAAUUUAUGGUCAGGAAAAUAUCGAAAUCCCACAGAAAUGUUAAGGGAUCUUUUUCAGAUAAUGUUCAACGCUUUUAUAUUCCAUGAACAAAAUGGUGAAAUAUAUAAAGAUGCAAAUUUGAUGAAGGAUUUUAUCAAGGAAAUGUUGGAUCCAUUCAGCAAACUAUACCUUAUGCCUAUAUUUGAGUUUCGUCACAAAAACAAAAAAUACUCAUGUAUGAAAACCGAAGCAAUCGACAGACUAACAACAUUUAAUAAACCAAUUCUUGAACUUUUUGACAAUGAAGUUCUUCCUCCAACUCUAUUCGAUGAAACUGCGGUUACUUGUAACUUUGAUCGAUUAUAUAUUGCCAACAUCCAUUCUCAACUAUUAAGAUCUAUUCAAAAUGAUAAUGCCACUCUUCUAUUGCUUAAGAAUAUCAAAUGGACUCCAGAAACUAAUCAUUUCAAAUGUCAAAUAAUCAGAGCAAAGCCAUUUGGACGUUUUCACAAAUUAGAUCAAUUGGCCUUUAAUGAAUUAAGGGAUGGUAGAUAUUGGGUACGUAUAGCAUAUUUAAACAAGGUUGAAUUGGAGUUUGUUGCAACGAAAAGGUUCUAUGAUUUUUGCAUAAGAUAUCCAUUUGAAGUCAGAGAGUAUAAAAAAGAUUGGUUGCCUCUUGAUUUUCAUAAAAAUUUCAUACGAUUACUUGCUAAUUCCAUUGUUACCACUGCUACAACCAAUGCUACAACCGAUGAAACCAUCAAUACCUCCACAAUUCUUUUAAAUUAUCAAUCAGGUUUUGUCAACAAGAAUAGAAUGUUAAUUGACCCUCAAUUAUUAGAUAUUGAUAAUGAUGCUAAUUAUAUGUUGCCAUAUCAUCAAAUUACAAAUAAUAAUAACGAAAAUGAUGUUGGAAUUGAGAUGAUGACAGAUCCUCAAUUGCCAACUGAAAAUCAAGUCUCAACAGAUCCUGAAUUAAUUAUCAAUGAUCUUGAAAUAUCAAAUAGUAAUGAUGACGAGGAUGAUGCCUUUGUUGCACUAAUUGACAAUUCUCAAUAUUUGGAUAUAUGGAACAGACUUGUUCAAGAAGCUGCUGUUCGAAACAUUCCAGUGAUUGACAUUAUUAGCCUUGAUAAAGAAAAAGUUAUGAAGGCAGAAGGGUGUUUUAAGAGUGUUUACCAUUUAAAAAACAAUCAAAAUUCUGUUUUGCAAUAUUUUAAAAGGAUUAACGAUGAAACUUUAGAGGCAAGGUUCAAAGAAGUCGCAUUCUGUCUUAAAAUCAUUGGUGCUUCAAAUACUGGUCAAAUCAAGGCGAUUUACAAAAAUAAAAAUAACCAAUUAGUAGGAAUUUCGAUGGAAAAAUAUAAAUGUACAUUGAAGGAACAUUUAUUUGAUUCAAAGAAAAAAUUCACUGGUGGACAAAAAUUUAAAAUUAUUCGUGAUUUUGUUAACGGAAUGAAAGAAAUUCAUGACGCAGGAUUUGCUCAUAGAGAUUUAAGUGAAGUUAAUUUGAUGUUGGAUGAAAAUGAUAAUCUUGUAGUAAUUGAUUUUGGCAAAGCAGAAUUUAUUGGCCGUGAAGACGCACAAAAAUGGACAAUUAAGACUAUACCUGAAGAACGAUUAAAUAUACUUCCUAAAAUAUUUACAACUCCUGAUCAUGGCUAUAAGCUUUAUCGUUCUGCCGUGACGCUUCCACAUAGGAAUAACGAUAAGACCGAAUUAAGGAAUCCAAUUGAUCCAUUGAAAGAGGAUAUAUAUUCAGUUGGCGUUUUGAUAUGGCGGAUAUUUUCUGGUCAAGCUCCAUGGGGUGGCAUUCUUGAUACCGACUUGAAGGAAUUAAGGAAAAUAGUUGGUGAUGAAAAGUUAAUAAGAUUCUAUAUUGAACGACAAGUAAUGGGCCAAAAGUCAAAAGAUCUCUUAUACAUGGCCAUAAGAUCUUCUCCUAAGGACCGCCAUAAUAUCAAUGAACUGUUGACUUUUUUGGAUCGUAAUAAAGAUAAAUUGAUUCAAGAGUGGGAUGGAACUUCCAGACGUAUCAAAAGAUCAAAGUGGUAUGAUGAUUAA